UUUGCAUUUUUUGGAAACUAUGGUCCAAAUAGCAGAAGCAUUCAGUCAUCAACUCCAACGAUGUUAUGGGAUCAGCAAUACUAUCUUGUGGGAACCAUUUCAGUUCUUCGUACAAAACCUGAAUCAAAACAUCCUGUUGAAAUUCAACCUACUAUUAUAAUUAUUGAAUCGGAUGAUGACACUGAUAUACAGCACCGCAGGCUUCGAAAACGACGCAAGAGGAAGCGAAUUCAAAAAAAUCGCAAGGCUAAAUAUUUGAAAGCAAAACAUCCUGUAUCAGUUAAGAACGUUGAGAUUAUAGAUAUUCAACCGGCCACUCGACAAAUUCCAUUUGAAUUAGUUCAGAUCAGGCCACCGUCUCAAUCAAGUACAUGCACAAUAAUAAGUGUAGAUACAAGUGUGAGCACGACCACAAGCACUUCAUCCAUAGAGUUUUCAGCAGCAUCAUUUUCACCGGAUUCUACACUUGGACAGGGCUCUAUGAUAGAUCCAAAGUACUUUCAAGAUCCCGUGGACAUAGAAUUUGAAGUAGCUCCAGAAUUUCUUCUCAGUGACAGCGAGGAAGAAGAGGCUUCUCCAGAACGAGAAUGCAGUAAUGAGAAUGUGAAGAAAGCCUUGGAAGAGGCAAUGGGCUCUAAUCCCAAAGACCAUGUUUUUCAUGAAGUGCCCGGUCCUUCAGAUGAACAUUCCUGUGUGACAGUAGAACAAAAUGAAGUUAAGAACGGCCCUAAAAUCCAAGAACCCAUUGUGGACCAAGGAAAAGAACAUCAAAAGAUAGUUGAGACAGCCCCAAAGUGUCCAAGCACAGUAGUACGGCCUACGCACCCAAAGGCACUGGUGGAACCUAUGGUGCGCAGAGAUUUGCCACCCAGUGUUAUAACUGAGCCAACUAGACCACGUUAUUUCCGGCGUCCACUUUUGGGGGAAAGGUUUGCCCAACUCUGUGGCCCACAAGUGAGGACACAGGUCUAUGAUUUGAGUAUAACUAGAUCCUUCAAUGAAGAACCAACUUCUUAUAGAGAGAUUGAAGAGGAGGAAAGGGAACGACAACAACGUGAAUAUGAGUUGGCUCAACGUAUUGAGAUGCUUCGCAAUUUACCAUACGAACGGCCUAUGGCACAGCAACAGAUGGGGCAAAGACAAGAAAAUCGGGUAUAUCAGCCACGAGAUCAGGUGGUAACCCUUACUAAUGACCUGGGACGAUUUCCCAUUGAUUCCUUUGGAAAUGAUAAUUCUGCAUACUCACGAAAUGAGACACAGAGAUUUUGUGAUAAUAAUGCCAAUCGUACUCCUCCACUGCUGUAUCGCCCAUUGGCAAGGUCACGUCAAACAACACCACUGCCAUAUCAACAAGCAGCAGAGACAUAUCAACCUCUCGCAGCAACCAAUCACCCAUCAGCAGCAGUGUCAAGUCACCCAUCUGCAAGUUCACAACACCCAUUAACAAUGUCACAGCUUGCCUCUUCUAACGCCCAAAGAGAGAAUGGGCCAUGCUUGAAUCCACCUGGUCAAGAAAAUUCUGGUUGUUCUCAGGCUGAAGAGAACAUUGAUCCUCAUCCAUGAGGGGAAGAUGAGGCAGAAGACAGACCACCAUGGUCUGUGUGGGAAAGGGACAUACAAAAUGGGCAGAGUCCCUUUCUGGGAGAGGGAGGGUGGGUUAUUUUUUUCUCUAUUCAAAAUUGAGUUUCUAAUGAUUUUUAAAGCAUAAUCAGUUUAUUGGAAAUGAUGCUACAGAAGCAAACUGUCACAUCCGACUUUGGGUGUGAUAACAAGUAUUCACUGGCCCCUGCUUGCCGCAAGCUAUUUCAUGAGGCAAGCUGACUUCAAUGGACAAAUGUUCAGGGGACUUUUUUGCCACAAUAAAAAAUGCCACAUAAGUUUGAAAUAUAGAAAAAGCCACUCCACCAUGUCCUUUUCCCACAUUCUGGGGUCUUAAUCUUGAUUUAUUCUUACCUCCCUUCUGUAGCCCUAUAACCCUGUUACAUUGGGUAACAUAUGUGAAAUAGGUUUCCAAUUGUGAGAAAUUAAUAUCUGCUCAAAAUAAUGUACAUCUUUGCUUAAUAAACACUGUGCUUUACUGUAA